ACAAAUUCCAAUUGAAAAUAGAAACGAAACAAUGCAGAUAGCUGCAUUAUACAAGUGAAGAAGAAGAGAGUGCCAUUUUCGGCUACUAUUUUUUUGCCCGUCUCUGUGUCUGUGUGUGUGUGUGCGUCGUCUCUGUAGAUCAAGAAACAGGGAAAGGCAACAAGCUAACAAACAAACAAACAACACACAGGACUUUUCUUUGGCAGGAAAUCUGAUAUAGCCGGAUCGGAAUCGGAUCGGAAUCGGAAUUGAAAUCUGCUAUACGGAUUGAGAAUCGUUACAGAAUCAUUGGAAGGAAGAGAAGAGAAGCGUCUGGCAAAAGUGACUGUGUAAUUGCAGCAACAAUCGUUCAAUGACAGCAGUCGCGGCCGUUUUUACCGCUGCUGUUGCUGCUGCUGCCGCUGGCCACGCCCCCUUAGCCUCCUUCGCCCCCCGAAACGCCCCCUUUGCGGUGGAGAAAGCAGAGGAGCACAGUUAACAACGCCUCAGGGCGACGGAGACGGGACAAUUUCGCUGUGGUCCUGGUCAAGAAAGAGGACCACUUAAGGACAGACAAGCAGAGGAGAUUUGAAGUCUAUAACUUUUCGUAUAUAGAGGAAGGCGGAAGCGAGGAUAUCAAGAUCGAGAUCGAGAUCGAGAUCAACGCCACACGAUGGUGAAGACGUUUCAGGCCUACCUACCGUCCACGAAUCGGACCUACUCAUGUGUUCACUGCCGCGCCCACCUCGCCUCCCACGACGAGCUCAUCUCGAAGUCGUUCCAGGGCAGCCAGGGACCGGCCUAUCUGUUCAACUCGGUGGUGAACGUGGCCUGCGGCCAGACGGAGGAGCGGGUGCUCCUCACCGGCCUCCAUGCGGUGGCGGACAUCUACUGCGAGUGCUGCAAGACGCCGCUGGGCUGGAAGUACGAGCAUGCCUACGAGUCCAGCCAGAAGUACAAGGAGGGCAAGUUCAUCAUCGAGCUGGCGCACAUGAUCAAGGAGAACGGAUGGGACUGAAGGGACGGAAGCCACGACGUUGACUCUACGGCUGGCUGCGUCAUGGGCGGCUAAAUCAGGAGCACACACACACACAUACCCGUUACAGGAUCAGGAAAAACAGCAACAGCAGCGGCAGUAGCGGCGCCGGCGGGAAAAGCAGCGAGUUUUCACCACACAACAAAACAAAACAUAACACGCGGCAAAUAUGACAGACAUAGAGUGUUUACUAAAGUCUGCGGAAAAGUGUGAAAGAACGAAGAGAGGAACGAGGAUAGAGGAAUGAUCGAUAUAUAUAUGCUAUAUAUAUAUAUGCUAUUAUAAAGUGCAUAACUCGUCGUAUCUUAUAGAACAAACAAACAAAAAAAAAACAAACCAAUCAGACACACACACAGAUACACACAUCCACACAUAAACGAUCGAACGAUAAACCCAUUAUAUAGAAAGCUUGAUUGGGCUUGAUUGGGAAGGAUCUCUGCGCUGGCCGCCAUCUAGGAUUUCCACACAUUCAUUUCGAUUUCGAUUACCAUUAACCAGUAUCCAUUAUUCAUCACCACCUAACCAUUUCAAGCACUUUGUUUUCCUUUUGACAUUUGCGUUGCAAGUUGAUUCGAUUAUGUGUACUUUCUAUGCAGAGCCUUAAUUCGAUGAUUUGAUUUCAAACAAAACAACACAAAACUGGUGAGAGAGCCACACGCAAAACAGAACUUGCACUGCCAAUAAACAAGAGAAAUGUUUAGUAACCAAUGAUAAACAGUAGCAGGAAACAUUUGAAAAAAAACAAGCAUACACAAGGCAUGCGAAAUCAAAAAUCAGGAAAACAAAUUGAUGACACUCAUCACACAACACACCAACACACAUACACAUUUUCAACGUAGUAGUUAUAUUUAAUAAAAUAAUUAAAAUUAAUUAUUUAAUGCAAUUUAGCUUGAAACAAAUGAAAACACACAAGCGAGAUAAACUUAAACUACAUUUUUGUCAAUGUGUAAAGCGAAAAGAACAAAAAAAAAAAAAAACAAAGGCGGCAAAGGUGCGCAUUCCCGCCGCCAGGUGGCGUCCAGAAUGAUGCACCGAUGCACGGGGGGAAAAAGGGGGUGGGAAACGAAAGAAAUGAUAUAAAAUACAAGCAUAUGGCAUGCAUAACUUUAGAAAGAAUAUAAAUAUAUAUGUAUCUAUAUAUGUAUAUUUAUUUAUAUGAGAGAAAUGCGUAUUUAUGUCGCAAAAUAUCGUACAUUAAUCAAACGUAGGGAAAACUGAAGAAAUAUGCAAGGAAAUGCAAGUGCAUACAAAAAAAGCGAUGGAGAAAUAAAAAAGCUACGAACUAGCGAGCAUAUUUUUAAAGCAAAACGGAUUAUGAGAAUAUGUAUAUGCAAAAAAAUAACUGCCAAGAACUAUUCAAGUUAAAUGAUGUUCUCUAAGUAGUUAUAUAUAAAUGUAUCUGAGGAAUAUAUUUUGUGGUAGCAUUAAAAUAAACUAAAAUAAAAUGAGAAACAACCAGAAAACAAGAAUACAACAACAGAGUUCAAUAAAAAAAACAACAAAAACACGAAAAACAAAGAAAUCAAAUUCCUUUUGAAAACGAGUUACAUUGAAAUUGCUGAAUACUUAUUUUUGUCCUUAGUUUUCAUCAUCUUAAGCAAUUGGCCGUACUUAACUCGAUCUAUAUAUCUUAAAUAUAUAUAUAUAUAUAUAUAUAUAUAUAUAUAUAUAUAUAUAUAUAUUUAUUUAUCUUUCCAACUUAAAACCUAGUUUUGUCGAAGCUUUGAGCUUUGUUCGACCAUUUAGGCAUUGACUACUGUACUCCAUGCAUGUGAUGCACCAUGAACGAAACACAAAUUUUCAAAAACAAACGGAAUUCAUACAAAAACGAAAAAAUCAACUGAUGUUAGUAUUUACAUACAUACAAACAUGCCACUAUACAUACUUGCAUACAUACAUACUAAAACGAGACCACCUUUACAUUACAAAAACAAAAACAAAAAAAAAAAAAAGAAUAAAAAAAAAAAGAAACAAACAUUAAAACACAUCCAAGUACAGUCAGCGACAUGAAACCGCAUGCAGCCGAUUAAGAUGUAUUAAAAUCUCAAUUCAAGAUUGCAAUAAAGCGCAUUUUUAGCUCAA